GACGCCUAUGUAAUCUACCCCAACGUAAACACACACGCACACACUGACAAACCUGACGCCGGGCAUAUGCAGCUGCCGAAACGAGGGCCCCCCGGCUUAGGAACUGCCGUUACGACGCGUGCACCAGUCCAACAAAUGUCCCGCCACCGAACAGACCAGACUUGAACCCAGGUGACAUUGAUCGGCCGUUAACAAUUUUAACGUCUUUUCUUGCGUCUCCCGUUCCGAAAACCUUUUACCAUUUGACGUGUAAAGGUUGCUCUUCCUAUAUGGUCUUGGCCGAUGAUGGAGGUGAAACCUGGAUACUACAGCAAUCCGGCCUUCUGUCAGCAGAGCGAAUUUUACUCGCAGCAAAGGCCUGCGGGCAGCGUGAGGAGGUCCCCAGUGGGAGCCCAAACCAAUCACGUAGUUUUCGACACUUCUCUUGGCGAGAUUCAGCGGGAGGAGGAGGAGGAAUGCGUGGAUAAUGUGGAGGAACAAGAGUUCUAUGAGGAGGUGAUCGUGGACGAUAAGGGUUUCAUUAAAGGGAAGAAGUUUGUGGUGGUAGCUCAGAAUCAGGAGGGAAGAAAGUAUAUUCAGUCGCCUCAAGAGGAAACGUUAAAAGGAAGCAGAUAUGGACACAUUCAAGAGACUCAGUACAGCACAGCCAACCACAUUGCCGUCCCGAAAUCACGCUGCGAAUACAUCCCGAUGCAGGAACAAGACGUGAAGCUGAAAAGAUCCAAUUCCAGAAGAUCGCCUGUUAGAAUCCAGGAGGAAAGAGUUGAAGUGGCACCUGGAAUAAUCCACAGGUACGCCGUGAUAGAAACCGAAGAAGAAACAGAUCUAAGUGAUAAAAACAACCGAUAUGCUCUUGUUCCAGUCAACGAGUUGAACCGAGCAGUCCAAAAUGACAACAGGUACGAAUAUAUCCCAGGUUCGUCUUCACCGAUUAAAAUACAGCCAAAUUCAAACAGAUACGAAUAUAUACAGACUUCGCCCUCGAGGAACACAGCGAAGUACGACUAUAUUACGCAGUCCACCCCGCAAAAACCUAAAGACGUUCACAGAGAAUACCAAAACCAAUCUAGACCAGGUACCAAUCCCAUCGCUACCCAGAAAUUGUACCAGUUGCUGUCUACACCUAAAAAAUCGAGGAAUAACGGUACUGCGUUGACACCACAAAAGGUACUGUCUCCAAGAAAAGUUCAAUCCCCUCCUUUGUCUCCGAUCCCCAAGGACCCCUUCCAUACCCCCAAAUCAUCUCCACAAAAGGUGGUUCGUCUUCAGCCGAGUUCCAGGGCGCAACAGAAGCUGAAUUAUGCGAUCGCAACGAAGCAAAUGGCGCAGGAUAAACGCAGUACCGCAAUAGUGCCUCCUAUGUGUUCCAGUCCGAUUCAAAGCGUCUACAGCGAGACCACCUACUCGCAAAAGUCCGAGUCCUGGAUGAAUCUGAGCGCGAGCCGGCCCGCAGCGGGGAUGGGUCUCAGUGCUGCCGCUUUGAUCCUGUUUUUGUGCGGAAACGUCAUUUCCGGCCUGUCAUUUUAUAUGAUAUCGCAACUAGGGAAAUGGUACUACUUGGAUUUUAGUUUGGCAGCGGGAUUCACCUGUAUUAUCAUGGGACUGUUAGGAUUCAGAUCAAGGAACGUCGAUCGGUUGCCGAACAGGAACUAUUUGUCAGGAUUUUUGAUACUGUGCGUGUUCAGCAUUCUAACCUGCGCGGGACUGUCUGUUCUGCUGAUAAAAAAUCCGGAACCCGGAACACCAUUGGCAGAUAUGACGUCAGGCGCCGUGUGCGGAUUUUCUGUUCUGAUUCUACUGCUGGCAACCACCGGACUCGUGUCCAGUUACUGUUGUAAACACCCCCCUCCCGAUAAUAGAGUGCAACAUUGCUCUCCAGGAUUAACAGUGUAGAUUUUGAUGGUGUUAGUGUUUUAAACAUGUUCCGAGUAUGUACACCAAAGUCGAGAUUUUGUUUACAUCUAGAUUCUAGAUAAUGUUUAAGUGUAGUAGUGCGAAGAAUAUCCUUUUAAAAAGGGAACUAGGGAGACAAUAAAAUAAGGAACAGACUGUUGCACAUGGUUAGAGUGUUACAAGUUUCUUAAAAAAAUAUUUUUAUGUUGUUCAUAAUUGCGUGAACUAAAAAAACAUAUACUAUGUUCCAUUAGACAGUAUUGUAUUAUUAUUAUAAAUUACAUUGUUAAAUGUUACACACAAUUGUAAAUAAUAUAUUUUUUAACUAGUAAUUAAAUUUACCAAAGAAUGUUUGUAACUUUGCAUAGUCAAAUAAAAUUAUUGUAAGAUUUAAUAUAUUUUUAAUAGAAAUAUGUAGUAUAAAUUUAUGAAAUGUUUAUAAGCCAAAAUAUGUUACGUAACAUGUAUUUUUUUUAAUUUAUUUAAUAAAAAAAAUAUAUACCAACUUUA